CCCGGAUGAAGAGUAACGCCAUUACCGCAGGAGCCCGCGCGCACUCGCGGACUGCGAGUGGACAUCGGCUGGCCGCACCAUGAGACUCCUCCCCCGCCUGCUUCUGCUUCUCCUGCUCCUGUUCCCCGCCACCCUCGUACUCAGAGGCGGCCCCGGAGGCUCAUUAGCAGUGGCUCAAGAUCUUACAGAGGAUGAAGAAACAGUAGAAGAUUCAAUAAUUGAAGAUGAAGAUGAUGAAGCUGAGGUGGAAGAAGAUGAACCCACAGAUCUGGCAGAAGAUAAAGAGGAAGAAGAUGUAUCUGGUGAACCUGAAGCUUCACCAAGUGCAGAUACAACUAUCUUAUUUGUAAAAGGCGAAGAUUUUCCAGCAAAUAACAUUGUGAAGUUCCUGGUAGGCUUUACAAACAAGGGUACAGAAGACUUUGUUGUUGAAUCUCUAGAUGCCUCAUUCCGCUAUCCUCAGGACUACCAGUUUUAUAUCCAGAAUUUCACAGCUCUUCCUCUGAACACUGUAGUGCCACCCCAGAGACAGGCAACUUUUGAGUAUUCCUUCAUUCCUGCAGAACCCAUGGGUGGCCGACCCUUUGGUCUAGUCAUCAAUCUGAACUACAAAGAUUUGAAUGGUAAUGUAUUCCAAGAUGCUGUCUUCAAUCAAACAGUUACAAUUAUUGAAAGAGAGGAUGGGUUAGACGGAGAAACAAUCUUUAUGUAUAUGUUCCUUGCUGGUCUUGGGCUACUGGUUGUUGUUGGCCUUCAUCAGCUCCUAGAAUCUAGAAAGCGCAAGAGACCCAUACAGAAAGUAGAAAUGGGUACGUCAAAUCAGAAUGAUGUUGAUAUGAGUUGGAUUCCUCAGGAAACUUUGAAUCAGAUCAAUAAAGCUUCACCAAGAAGGUUGCCCAGGAAACGGGCACAGAAGAGAUCAGUGGGAUCUGAUGAGUAAAUGUUCCUUUGUGCAACAAUUCAGUCUUUACUUAACCUGCCCUAAUAUUUUUCGGCCUGAUGAGAAUUAGUGCAGCGAAGCCAUAUCACCAUAGAAGGCGCCUGCUACUUAUGUGUGGACCGAGCAAUCAGAGUCUAUGGCGAUAAUAUUGCCGAAAGUGCACUGCAUUCAUUUUUCUAAAGUAACAAAUUUGGUUUUUUUUUAAACCAUUAAAAUUUAUGUGUGUGUGUGUGUGUAUGUAUGUGAGCAGUUGGUCUUACCAGAAUCAUUGUUGAACUACCUGAAUGCCUUUAGAAUACUCAACAUAAUGCUGUUGACUUGUCCCUAUUGACAUUUUCUGAUAUUCUCUCCCCCACAAACUCUGACUAUUUGCCCAGUAUGAUUAUAGCUGUCAUGCUUUAGAAUGUUUUAAAGAAAAUAAUUUAUUUCUUCUUUAGAGUAGUUCACAUCCCCUUUGCUGGCACAAAAUUAGCAUUUUGUUGUCAUUGUUGCUGUUUUACAAGUAAUAUUCUAAAGGCACACACAGGAGUAGCUACUUUUUAGCAAUAGAAUUGUUUUGGUAUUUUGCUGCUGUUUACUAUAAUGCGCACAUUCAGAAAACUCAAAUGAGCUCAAGGAAUUUGGGGACCUUUAGCAACAAAAUUGUGAAACAUGAAAAUUCUUCUGACUUUGAUAUCUAAAAUUCUACCCCACCCUCCUUUUUUUGACAAACAGAAAGUAGUACCUGUGCAGACUGAGUUGUGUUGUCCGUCGUCGUCCUAUUUUUGACCCAGAGGAUAGCUCUGCAAUGAUUUUAGACUUACUUUUUAAAGAGACAGUUUUUCUCUCCUUAAUAGAAACCUUGCUUUAAAAAAACUUUGUUAGUCUACAGACAAAGCAGAAAGUCAAGUUACAGGGCUAAAAAUAUAUUCCAACUAAUUCUGACGUGUAAAGGAAAUGACUUUGAUUUUUUUCGUUGUUGUUGUUGUUGUUAACUAAUUAUUUUUAUCUAAUCUUUUGGGUAUUUUGGUUGUGGCAUGAGCUUUUUUUUAAUCUGAAAAUUUUUAAAAAUGUAAGCACUUAAGAUUCUCGGAACCGAAAUUAAAUUGGACACCGUAAAAUCCUCUUAGAGUUACUCUUGCUCUAGGUAGUAAAUUAAGUUUAAAUAAAGGGUAAAGUAAAAUAGUAAGAACAAAGAAGAUGGAAACGCCCCUCUGUCUUUAAGCCAUAUUCUCUCACAUAUAUUUUUAAGGAAAUGGUAAAUGAAAUGUUAGUGUCUGUUGAAUUCCUGACCUGUCUUUAAUUCUCCUUCUCUCUGUAAUCCCCACCUAUUUGAGCCAGAACCAAUGACAUUAGAAUAGAAAUUAUUCUAUGGUUCUUAAUCAUUUUGCAAGGAAGGGCUAAGAUGUCAAAUUCCCUAUAUUGACAUUGCUAGACUAUAAACUGUCCAUACCUGUAAUAUGAAGUGUUUGAGUUUUUAAUUGGGUUGUAUGAUCAGUAGUUCAUUUUGAAAAAGCUUUAUGAGAUCUCAGAAAUUGCAUGGUUUGUUGUUUAACGUAAUAUAAGAGAGCCUCCACUUCCUCAAGGAAUAUAUUCUAAAAUAUUUUUGCAAAUGUCCAAAUUGGUGAAACUACUAGAAAGUAAUGCAGAGAAGUAUGUAAUUACAAAGUGUAAAUAGCCUCUGGAGAGUUUUAUUGAAUACCUGGUAGCAAGCAGGUGGUGGCCAUGCCACACUGAGUUCCAGCCGCCAGCACUUCUCCUCUGUGAACCUUACGUGCCAGCCCUUCCACCUCUUGAGGCUCAGGUCAGUGCCUCAGACACGUAGAAUUUACUACCUGUCUCUCACUCUCUCUCUCUUUUUUUUGUAAGUAUAGAUUGGGAACAGUUGAAAACUCUUAAAUCCACAGAUGUCAGGGGUCUACUGUAGCAUCAAUAAGUAUUUAGCAGAAACUAACUCCAUAAUGAAUGGAAUUCAGUUCCACACAUGGUUGGUUCAAGCACACUUAUAAGUAGCCUAUGUUUUUUAUGUCUUUUUUAAAAUGUAAAUAUUUGGAUGAAUUUUUUGUUCGUUUUCUUAUGUUCCUGUGCUGCACCAACCAUGGUUUCAGAAUUCACUUUUUGAACAGGUUGGUUUCAUAAUCUGUAAAAUGAACUUAAGGAUCUUGUGUAUCAUACCUGUCUCUCAGAUGUGUGGGAAUAAUGUGUUCAUAAAGCAUGGAUCCAUCCUGGUUGUAUAGCUUCAUCAUUCACUGUGGUCUGUCUUACGCAGUAGGUGGCUUCUAAGACUGUUCCUGCCCCGUCGUGUUGUCUGAGGAGGGGGAAAUGGGAGAAGUGAGACCUCAAACUUAGAAACCUGAAGAAACAUAGGAAUCACAAGGAAAGGAACAUUGACUUGACUUUGAUGAGAUUUUUCAUCUUAAAUUGAGAAAGUGGUGACUUUGAUAGGAGGGAAAGGCAAAUUUAGUCCUUAGAAAAAAUAUUUAAAAGCAGUUGCCUAAAAGGCAUAUUUGCAGUGAAUUAAACUGAAAUUGUAUUUUGGCUCUUGGGGAGAGGAGGGACAGUGAUGUGCACUGAAGCCUUUAUUUAAUGGCUCGUGUUAUUUUGGAGGCACAGUAAAUGAAUGUAAUAAUAGGCAAGGCUACUUAUAGCAUUCAUCUUUUCUAGUACAGUGAUCUCCAUACCCUUGGUAUGAAGGAAAAUGCUCUUGGUUAGUGCAUUUGAAUAGUGAAAUAAUUUAAGUAAUUUACCACAGUUUUGGGUGGCAUCAUUUGUAGCUGUAGAGCUAAAAUCAGUAUAUUUGCUCUAAUUUUAUUAAAUAAAAUCCUGGUUUGAACUACUGUCUCUGGUUUAGUGAAGAGCAACUUAGCAUAAACAAGACCCUGUUACUAGUACAAGUGGAACAUUAGGUUUGGUUGCUAAGCAGUUCCGGAUGUCUAUAAGAACAUCAUCCUUAGAAGAUAUUGGGAGGGACGAACAAAACUUAAGAACUAACUUAAAAACUUCUAAAUAAUAAUUUCUUGAGGACUUCUAUGAACUUUACUAAUUAGCGUUUGUGUGGUGUUUCUAUCUUUUUCAUUUACGCAAAAGCAUGGACUUUACAGUAAUUAAUUACAUCACCUGAAGUUCUGGGGUCAGUUUUUCUUUUUUAGAUUUUAGAAUUAUUUUGGAAUAUAGCUCUUAGGUUUGGGUACCAUUUAACUGCUCUUGUAAAGCAGUGGGAAGGGAACGCAUUUAUUAAACAUCAGCUGUGUGCGCGCUAUUCUGAUGGCCCUUUCCAUUCAUUGCCUCAUAAACCUUCACAACAGCCCACUGAAGGAAGGUGAUACUGUUCUCAUUUUAUAGAUGAGAACAAAACCUCCUGAGUUUAAGAAGCUUGCUCAAGGUUACAUGUUAAAUAUGGAUUCAGGGCUUAUUCUAAAACUCACACGUUCUUUCCCCUGCACUGUGUUUAAGACAGAAAUUUCAUAAAACUAAGCAUUUGAGCAGUUCAUUAAUACUUGCUGUUCCAGAAUCCAGCACUCAGAAAGUUCAGAUAACCUCAGUACUGAAUGUACUACAUCUAUACUGUACCAUAGCAUAUAAAUACCAGUUAACCCCCCCAAAACCAAGCCCACUGCCAUCGAUUCUGACUCAUAGCGACCCUGUAGGUCAGAGUACAACUGCCACAUAGCGUUUCCAAGGCUGUAAAUCUUUAUGAAAGCAGGCUGCCACAUCUUUCUCUCGCAGAGCAGCUGGUGGGUUUGAACCACCAACCUUCUGGUUAGCAGCCAAGCACUUUAACCACUGCGCCACCAGGGCUCCCUCAGGUAACCCCAGAACAUUUUAAAAACCCAUUAUUGAACUACUAUAAAUUGAUUUGUUUGUUAGUGUUUAUGGUAUGAAUAUUUAAUUAUUUGAAAUUUGACACUUCAUUUUUGUUAUAUGAUUAUUCAGUUAUCCACAGCACCCUGUGAAUCUCUGUUAAUGACACAGUUCUUUAAAUGUCCCGUUGACUAAUAGAAUCAUGGUCUUUAAAAACAUUUUCUUCAAGAUAGAUUUAAUAGGUUGAUUAGGUUUUCAAGUAGUAAAGAGUUGAAAGAUGCAUCUUUAUAUUAGAGAUGAAAGAAAGUGAAGUAGUCGCCCUUGGGUUAUAUAACCCCUUAGUGGUAGAACUGGGAUUACAAGUUAAGGCUUCUGUCUAGCCUUCAUAUCUGAAUGGAUGUCUAGUCUUGAAAAAGACUAGACAUCGAUUCAAAUAUGAAUUUCUCUCAGGCAUAAUGGGGCCUGAGAACAUCCAGUACCCUUAGAAAAGAAAGUCCAUAAAUCACAAAGACGAUUUGUCUGUGCCUCCCUUUGUCCUCCUACUGUCCCUUAUGCUGAUUUCUGUCAUGGUAGUUGGGACAGUUUGACACCUUGUUGACAUGUCUGUUUGCCUCUGCUAGCCUGUGGACUCUCUGUCUUAUCCUCAGUUUAUAGUACAUGAUUAUAAUAUGGAACCCUAUCACUGUUUUUUAAAGAAAAGAAAUGUGGGCUGGUUUUCAUUUGCCGUUAUCCCAUGUGAUUGAAUGGUUCAGAAAUAUUCCUGGUGCUAACCCAGUAUCGUUAGCAUCCUGCCUCUCCCAGUCUGUAAGUCUGUGAGGUUGAACAGAGCAGUAUGGCAUGCUAGCCUAGAAGUUUGGAGACCUCUGGGUACUAGUAACAGUGUCCUUUGGAAGGCUGCUAAUCUCCAAUCUCCGUGUGUUCUUUUGUAAAUUGAGUGAUACUGGAGGUGUCAGUCCUAAAUUGUCCAAUUCUGUUACCUAUACACCCUUGAUAAAGUGUUACUGAUUCUUCCUUUAAAAUUUAGUUGUUGAUGUAGCAAAAAGAAAUAACUAAGGGAUAGCAUGGACUCUGGUGUCGUAUUGCCUGGGUUCAAAUUGCAGAUCUCUUUUCGUAGAAGGCAAAUUACAUGACCUUACUGUUCUUCAGUUUGGGGGCCUGCUUCAUAGGGUUGUUAGGAGUUAGUAUAUGUAAUGUGCUGCCUGGCGCACGGUGAGUGGUUGAUGUGAUUGUUGUAAACUACCAUAGUGUAAUAACAUGAAUGUAAUAACAUGCUUCUUGUUAUCCCAUGAAGCUUAAGGGGGAGGAGUGUAUAGUCCUUUUUGGACUUCAUUGUGGAAUAAUAGUUGAAUUCCACUGAAUAUACAAGCUAAAUAGUGUUCUUUUUUUAACUAACGAAUGAAAGUGUUAAGAUGGGCCUGUAAGAUGGCUGGCACUGGAUUUAAUAGUGAAUAUGACCAGAGUAAUAAAGCCAGCAAGGGGAGUUGCUUUUGUAAGAGACCUGUUAGAACCUGCACAUCCAGCUUGUGGCAGUCUUUCUCAGAAUACUUGGCGAGUUCCCAGUGAUGCCAUUGCUGUCCACAGCAUUUUUUAAACUCACCUCAGAAUUUCAGCACAGACCAGGAGCAACCCAAGGCAAGUCGAUCCCCUUUCUGCAUAGUUAGGUUUUCUCCAGAAAUCAUACCAAUCCAAUCACCCAUCUUAGUCACAUUUGUCAAAAUAGGUGCUUAAGGAGAAAAGGAGUUUGAGAAAUACUUCAGUCAAGCAGAGUGCCAUACUGAACAGAUUUGUGUCAAGCAUCUACUGUGCUCUUUUGCAUACACUGUCAUGGAUCCUGACACUGCCCUGUAUCACCCGAUUGUCAGUGAUGAAACAGCUCCGCAGAGCCCAGAGUCACUUGGCUCCUCAGAUUUGGUCCCUUGCUGUUUCCGGCUUUGUUGGAAUAAGGUCUGUUCAGUACUUUGACAGGGAGCACCUUCACAUUUAUACACAAAAGACAGUCACAGCACUUAGGAUUUGCUUGAUACUUUAUAUCCUGGUGCUUUGCAUAUUUUAUGCAGCCACAGUCCGAAGUCAAACUACGUGCUCACCCUGGACAGUGGCUCUUUUAAGAGGACGCCUGGGUUAAAGCAGUUGGGGCCUCGGUACAUAAGAAAACAAGAUUUCAUCCCCUUGAUCUCUGCUUCUGAGCAGUUACUAAUUAGAAGUUGCAUGCGUUUUAAGGUUUUCAAGUUUGACCGUACGGUCUGGUGGCACUCUUUAUGGUCUCCGCAGUGGGACGUAAGCUCUUGGCUCAGGCUGUAGUCCGUUCAUCACGAGACCGAGUGGACAGUGGGCAGUCUGCUGAUAAAACAGUGACUGCAGGAUCGCUCCAAAUGGCUGUGUGGGAAUAUUUUAUCUUGACUUUUUCCUUGCUUGAAUUCCACCUGAAAAAUACAUAUCCAGUUUAUACUAAAGACCCCUGCCUAGAAGUGCUUUGAUUGCAGGAAGCAUCACUAAGAAUCUGUCACCCACUGGUCACUACAACGGCCUGAUAGGUCGCAUUUCCAGGACUAACCCUGCUUGUGGCGCUCUUGGUCAUGUCUGCAGUGAACCAUCCUGUGCUGACUGCAGUCUGCCCCAGGAGCUCAGCACUGUUCCUCUCUCUGUGGUUGACCCUCAUUCAUUGCCACCAGUUCCUGUCUGUUCAGAUUCCUGAGAGACCUCUCUCUCUGCAGAGGUGUGCCUCCUUUCCCAUCAUCUCUCCAUCGCUGGCUUCUCCCUGUUGGUGCUCACCUGUGCGAAACCUUCCUGUUUGGGUCUUCUGCAGGACCCUGUUGCCUCUGGCGGCAUUCCUGUAUUUGCUUGUUCCUCCUUUGUCAGAAUAGCUCCUAGGCUAUGGCUUCCUUUUCUUCACCAGGCUUUCGAUCUUUUAAGUUUCCUUCAGUGUAGCUUCUGCCUCCAAAUGCCUGCUCUCUCAGGAUCUAACAUCUCAGUAUAAACUUGCCAGAGCCACCUUCAGUCUUGAUUCCCAGGCCAUGUGCAUUUAACACGUUUGACCACCAGCCUGCAAUCCUCCUGCUCUUCUCUGACCCUGCUCUUAGCCCCGUUCUCUUGUUAACAAACCCCACGCUCCUGACGCAUUGUUCCUCUAAAGACUUGGGAGAGCUCGGCAGUUCUCUGCUGAGGAAGUAAUCUUCUUAGUGUCAUUCUAACUGCCUGUGGUUCAUCUUCACUUCUGUUUGUUAAUGUAACCUGAACUCAACAUCUUAGAUGUUUAUUUCCCCCCUUAAAGCUCCCCCAUCUAACUUAUCACUGCUGAGUAACAUGACUCUCCCAUUUAUCCAGGCUUAAAUCUUAAGGGGCCCCUGGCACAAUGUUCUGCACAGAGGUAUUUAAUAAGUGCUUACUGAUUUUAGCUCUGCUGUGAGUGAGAUUUUGCUUCUCUCCACUCUUCACGUCGAAAUCUAACAAUUUACAGAAGUUGGACGCAAUCGGAAUUCUUCACAGUAAAACAGUGAUCCAGGAGGUAAUUAGGGGUGAGUUUGGUAGGGGCAGAAUACCUCUGGUUCAAAAUAUUUCUUUUCUAUUACUUAAUUGACUACAGAGGGGUUUGGGUUUGCUGUUUUAAUUUUAGUGCCUGCAAACUGGAAAUGUGGUUUUCUGGCCAUGCAUUUCAGUCAAAUUCAUUUAUGACAAAAUUUUUUUCUGCAGUGUGAGAUUUUUUCUGGUGACAAUGUCUGAGAAUGUUAUUUGGCUGUCUUGGGGUUGACUGUUUAAGAAAGUGGGGGUAAUGAAUUUGUAAAAUUCCCGUGCAACUUUGAGAAAUAUUCCUGCUCUAUGAGUAUCCAGAAACCACAUUUUUCCAGUGUGGUAAACCAAGGUGUACGUGAGCACUUUUCUUCCUUGGUUACUUUCAUCAUCUGACCUACUGCUUGAGCUGGUCUAGGCCAAUUGCUGUCCGGUCUGAUCCAUCUUUGUACUUAUUUAUGCCUUAAUUAAAGCUGAUCUUGAAAGUAUUUACAUGCGAUACAGAAUGUUCUCUAAAGUGCCAGUGCUGUAUUUCCACUGAGUCUUGAAGAUGAGAAGCACAGAGUGAAUCUAAAAAAUUAAGUCAAUAAACAAGAAAAGGAAAAAUGAAAAACCCCAAUUUUGAUCUUAAUUUCCCCCAGAAGUUGGAAAGAAGUUCAAACAUUUUCUCUGCAUAUAAAAUUUGGACAAUUCAAAUUUCACAGUAAUGUUUUAAAAUAAAGGUGAUUUAAGACAAAUCUUGCAUAUCUGGCUGUUAGCUAGUUUACUGUUCAAAUAUAAUGGUCAUAAGACACCUCUCCCC